AUGUCGUGGCAUCUGCUCCAGCGGUUCCUCGACAGUGACGUCUUUAACUCAGACCCGUUCCUCUCUGUGUCCUACCUCUCCCGCUAUGCCGACCACAUUGGCAUUCACCAUGUUCUCUGCAAUAAGCUGCGCCAGUUCCCGUACGAGGACAUCGAGUUCUUCCUCCCCCAGCUGUGCCACCUUAUAAUCAGCGUCAACAAUGAGUCUAUGGCUCUGGAGGAGUUUCUCCUGGACCUCUGUGAAGAAUCUGUGACGGCUGCACUUCUCACCUUUUGGCUCUUCCAAACAUACCUCCACGAUCUCUCCUCGAACCCCCAGACAGAUGCCUUCCAAACUUGUCGACGCGUUUACAACAAGGUCCAACAUAUCGUUUUCGGCCUUCCGGACACGUCCCGCCAAGAAAAGAUCACCGAAAAUGUCCUGCCAGUCACCGUCCUUGCCAGCUUUGUCCUGGCCAGCAUUGGCCUUCCCAUGCUCCCACAAUGGGCAGGGCCCAUGGCGAUUGCCCAGGCACGCAAACCGGCCCCGCCGGGAGAGACCUCGGCGGCUGGCGGUGCUUCUGACACGGAGCAAAACGAUCCGCCAAAGAGGCCGGCACGGUCUCAGACGGUCACACCCACCUCCACCAAGUCGCGGCGCACAAAGGAUAUCAACCGGGCUUCCAGCGGGUCCAGCAUUGCUACGGCCGCAAGGGCAUUAGAGACGGUGACCAAUAUUCCGACACCGAACAGCCCUCCCGAAACAAUGCGUUCGCCGCCCAAGGAUCAGUCGAUCCGGUCACCGAAGCAGCGCCAAAAGCAGACAUCCGGUUCGUCACGACCUGGCUCCUCGUCGAGUCUUCACGCGCCUCCCGCUCGGCCCUCGGAGCCGAACCGCCGGUCGCUACCGCCAAGCGCUCAACACCAACACCUCGAAUCGAUCUCGCUUGAAGCGCGGCUCAGCUCGUCGUCCCUGCCCCUGCCCGAUAUGCGAUCGCCGCGCAUGGCCACUCGGCCCCCUACGCCCGUAUCAGCAGGCCUCAACCCACCAGACAGCAUAUCGGCGCUCUCUCGUCGGCACUCCCACCAUCACGCAAAACCACGAAUCGCCAGCGUAGGCGACAUGACGUCCGAACAGAAGGCCCGGUUACUGCGACAGAACUACUUCCGAUGCGAAACCCAGUUCUUGCGCGCCCUCGAGGACAUCUCCAACCGGCUGGUCAGCGUUCCGAAGGCCGCUCGGCUGAGUGCCCUGCGUGCCGAGCUGGCCCUCAUCGGCCAAGACUUGCCCGCCGAAGUCGACAUUCCGGUCAUUUGCCCGCCGUCUCUGGUGAAUGGCAUCCCCAGUCGCAGCCGACACCACCGCAUCGUUCGCUUGAACCCGGCUGAAUCCACGGUGCUCAACAGUGCGGAGAAGGUGCCGUAUUUGCUCAUGGUAGAGAUUUUGCGCGAAGAUUUCACGUUUGAUCCAGACUCGGCCGACAACCAGAGAUUGCUUGUCAGCCUUGUGGCAGAGCAGGGGUCUCGGAAACGCAUAUUCGACCUUUCAGAUUCGGUUCGGAACCCAAGCACACGAGCUGCGGAUGCAGCAGCCGCUGCGGCUGCUGCUGCAGAGGCAGCUGCGUUGCUGGAGCCGCCGAUUGACAGUGUGUUUGAGCCGACGUCUGGCGAUCUCGGAAACUCGCCUAUGCUCAAGCCGUUUGACGACGAGGACGACGGCGCUUUCCCCUCUACAAAACGAAGCGUCUCUGGCUCUAUCAUGUCGCCAGCCGUCGCUGGCAGCGGAUCGCAUCGCAGCCAUCCGCUGAACAAUCACUCUUCUUCGUCUUCUCUUGCGAACCGACACGCCAGCGGAGGUGCAGGAUCGAUAUCAUCAACAGGUGGUGCGCCGACCUCGUCAAACGCCACCGCACCAACCGCCUUGUCUGACGGAACUCCGCGUAGCUCUGCGGCUUCUACGUCGAGGUCCAGUAGCCCCGGGCCUCUUCUCCGCAAGAUGACGCUUCCCAUGAUUCGGAAUCAGCACAGUGCCGACCAGCCCGACUUCUCGGCACUCGCCACGCACAUGCGGACGGCUUCGCAGAUGCUGGCGCAACUGGACCAGACCAGUGGGAAGAGACCGCGGCAAGAGGUGGCUGCCAUUCGUGCCAAGAUCAUCGCCAGCAUGCAGAGCCUCGAAGAGCAGAGCUUUGACAUUGACGACAACCAUGGCCCGACGUUUGAUACCAUUGUCGCCAAGACGGGCGUUAAUGUCAACAAUGCCGUUGUGCCUACGCCGCCGGUCAACGCGCUUGGUCUGGCCAGCGAGGAGGGAUCCCGAGUGAAUGUCUCGGACCCGGCCCUCGUUCGCAGCAGCGAGGAGAACGAGGAUGCGGCCGCCUCUGCCGGGGCAGACGCCGCCGCGGCCGCGGCCGCUACGUCUGUGAACCCAAACGCUGGUAUUGCGCGCAUGGAGAACGACUUCAAGACGGGCGGUCUGCAGCGCAAGGGCGACCGGGAUGACCCCAGUGCCGCCGUGUUUGGCGAGGCUUGGGACAUCAAGCGCGAGCGCAUCCGGCGGUCGUCGCCGUACGGCUGGAUGAAGAACUGGGACCUGGUCAGCGUGAUUGUCAAGACGGGCGCCGAUCUGCGGCAGGAGGCGUUUGCCUGCCAGCUGAUUGCGGUCUGCGACAAGAUCUGGGAGGACGCCGGCGUGUCUGUGUGGGUGAAGCAGAUGCGCAUCCUGGUGACGGGCGAGUCCUCGGGCCUGAUCGAGACGAUUACCAAUGGCGUGUCGCUGCACUCCAUCAAGCGCAGCUUGACGCUCGCCUCGAUCGAGUCCGGCCAGAACCCGCGGCGGCGUAUCGCAACGCUCAAGGACUACUUUGUCAAGGCCUUUGGCGCGUCCGAGAGCGAGGCGCACCGGGCUGGCGUGGACGCGUUCAAGCGGUCGCUCGCGGCGUACAGCAUGAUCUCGUACGUGCUGCAGCUCAAGGACCGGCACAACGGCAACGUGCUCGUGGACAGCGAGGGCCACAUUGUGCACAUUGACUUUGGCUUUAUGCUGUCGAACUCGCCCGGCUCGGUGGCCUUUGAGGCGGCGCCCUUUAAGCUGACACACGAGUAUGUCGAGGUGUUGGGCGGCAUUGGGUCGUCUGACUUUGACGACUACAAGCGUCUGUGCAAGCAGGCUUUCCAAGCACUCCGCAAGUCUGCCGACAAUGUGAUUGACCUGGUCAGCAUGAUGGGCCGCGACUCCAAGAUGCCGUGUUUCGUGGCCGGCGUGACGCAGACGACGGCCAACUUGCGGCAACGCUUCCAGCUGCACCUGAGUGCCGAAGACGCCGAGCAGUUUGUCGAGACAGAGCUCAUUGCCAAAUCGCUCGGCAGCUACUACACGCGCCUCUACGACACGUUCCAGUACAGGACCCAGGGGAUCUACUAG